UGUUGCCUAGCAACAUUGCAUACAUUAGAUUUUUCCACUGAUGGAAUCUGAUGAUGUCAUAGUGUUAUGAUGUCAUAAGAGACAGAAGCCUUGAAUAUCCUGCAUCUGAAUCAAACUGGCAGAUCGCGAGGAGCAGCAACACGGACGAUUCAUUGACACUGUCUCAAAUUAGACUGAUGCCCAGAGAUGAACUGGUUACAUUGCUUGUAGAUUUUCUACAACGGUUAAAAGAAAAAUCUGCAAUCUUGAUCAAAGAAGACAUACUAGAGCAGGACCUGGAAAAAGCCCAAGAACAAAUUGACCUUUUAAACGAGAAAGUUGAUUCGUUGACUAAAGAGUUACAGAUUUCUCACAGGCACAACAGAUAUUUGAACAAUGAAAAAAUUCCAAAACUAAAACUAGAAAUAGAGACCUGGACUUCCCACAGAAAUCAGUUGUUAGCUGAGGUGAAGUCCUAUCAAAGUAAAGUCAAAGAUUUGCAAAACUCUUUGAAAAACCAGGAGAGGGACUACAAACUUCAGAUUGAAAAGAUUGUAGAAGAAAAAAGGCAAGUGACGUCACAAUUCACUGCAUAUAGACUUAAGACAGAAAAGAAUGAACAUGAAAUUAAAAGACUUGAAAUCGAAUUGUCCAAGAAAGUCAACGAGAUCGGCUUGAAGAACAACGAAAUUCAGAAAGAGAAAGAGAAGUCCAAACUUCUUGAGACCUCUAUCAGAGAACUAGAAAAGAAACUGAUAGAGGAAGAAAAUGAAAACAAAAAUCUGACGAAGAAACUGGCAAAAACUCCAAGGGAUGAAGCCAUUGAAAGGACAAGGAUCGCGUUUGAAGCCAGACUUGAUUUUGACGCCUUCGCUAAGGAAAAGCAGCGAAGCAGGAUGUUUCAAGAAUUGCUCACAAAAAAAGAUCGGCAGCUCAAUGAGCUCUUGGAGGAGCAGGCAAAGAGACGACCCUCGCCCUCCAAGGUAAAGACAGAGGCUGAGACAGAAAAAAAAAGGUUUGAACCAACUGCGGCGGAUUGGAGACAGGUUAAAAGAGACAACGUGGCUUUAAAUGCAGAGAUAAAAGUCCAUAUGGAGAACAGGCAGAAAGACCAACAGCAAAUAAAACAACUAACUGAGCAAUUGUCAGAGGUCAAAAGAGAGAUGCUGUUCAAGAGAAUUGAACAAGCGGAUUUGAAAAAAUCCAUAAAUAAGAAAAAAGAAGACAUUGCUGUGGUGAGACCAGAUGUUGAAAACAACAUGAAGGCACCGACUGAAAAUAGCCAAAUUAGAUAUUUACCACCAGUUGUUUCCAACCUCGAGCCACCCAAACCAAAGGUAUCUUCCAAUCGAAGAACUUUGCGUUUGGGUGAAGGCAAAUUAUUGCCAGAUUUUAAAGACAAUUUAACCACACAGCGUAAGCCACAACCCCCUAGCCAAGGAAAGCCUGGAAGACCUCCAUUUAUAGCGGGAGGCAGGACGGGGUGGAAAAUCUAACUGCAGAAAAAAUAGCGGUCAACCUGGUGGGAGAGGAGAACGUUAAAGUUCCCUCAUUAGAGGCGGGCGGACAGUUCGUAUACGCCUCUUGUAUAACUAAUAACGUUUAGACUUUUAUUUAUUCUCGCUGUUUGGCCAUAGCCAUAAUUUUCUGUGUUAAUCUAAUCAACUUUAGAUUAACUCAUUAAUUAAUAACUUGCGUUCCUCCCUGUCCUGGACGUUGUGUUUUUUCUACGAAACACUUUUUAAACUCAAUACAUAGGUUUUCUCCGGGUGCUCCGGUUUUUCCUACCUUCGGGAAAAAAGUGAUUCGGCUAAUUGGUGUCUUUUAAAUUUAUCUUAGUUUCUCGCUCACUAACCGGUAGAGAUAGAAAGAAUAUUAACUUAUUAACUUAUGCGAUCUGAAGCGAAAGAAGAUGGAUGGAUGGAUGGACGGAUGGAUGGAUGGAUGGACGGACAGUUCCUAUUCGCCUCUUGUAUUUACUAAUAACGUCCGCUUAGACUUUUGCACUGUAAAAAACAAACUUAGGGGGUUAUCAGAUUAACAAAAGAAUAUCAUGUACUUUUAACUA